GUCGGGUAAAAUUCAGGGGUAGGAACUUUCUGUUGGGGGAUGUGUGUUGCAAGGGGGAACAAAACAAAGUCCGGACUGAGGGACACGCUGCUGUUUUGGUCAUGUGCUAGUCGUAAAGUUUUUAUCGUCCUCAUGGAAGAAUCGUCGCUUGUGCCUUAACUUUUUGUGGUGUCGUGGGGAGUUUGAGUGUCCGCAUUUGGAAAAAUGCAGGAUCAUAAUUAUUAUUUCUCAGGAGAAAAGAUCAAGGACGUGCUGUCGAACAAGCUGGGGCACGAAGAGGAAAAACUGGAAGAAACGAAAGUGUUCUUAGGCGUCGCCUUCUCCAGGUGGACCUCGCUGAAGAGGGACAAAAGUUUUCAGAGUGAUGCCGAAGUGGCCUGCUUUCUGCUGGACAGCUAUGAGAGAGUUGUGAUGACAUCAGCGCCCACAAAGGAAAAGCCUUCACAAGUCCCAGCCCCAGCUACCUUUGGCACCAGUCAUUCUUUUAAUGGAGCCAACAGCUAUGAGAGAGUUGUGAUGACAUCAGCGCCCACAAAGGAAAAGCCUUCACAAGUCCCAGCCCCAGCUACCACUGAUACCGCUCGUUCUUUCAACAGCUAUGAGAGAGUUGUGAUGACAUCAUUGGCUACAAAGGAAAAACCGUUACAAGUCAUAGGUCCAGCUGCCUUUGGCGCCACUUUGAGUGGCGCAAACAGAUUUCCGUAUCCAAGAUUGCCAAACGGAGUGGGGAUGCGUCCAGUGACUAACCUUCAACCACCUGACCCCAGAAUUCUCAAAAUGCUUGUAUUUGUACCUCCACGAGCAACAUCAGUGUUAACACAAGUCAGGAGAAAUGCCCAAGAUGCUCCACCUCAAUUAAAUGCUGGUCUGAAACAGCGGGUCAUAGAUCAUCUCCAGCUAAAGAAAAAACAGGAAGAAGGGCCCACAAAGAUGGAGCUGGAGGAGCGUUGUAUAAAGAUGGAGCUGGAGGAGCGUCAUAUAGAGGAGGAGCAGGAGAAGUGUUGUAUAAAGAUGGAGCUGGAAGAGCAUCGUAUAAAGGUCGAGGUGGAGGAGCGUCGUAUAGAGACGGAGCUGGAGGAGCGUCAUAUAGAGAUGGAUCUGGAGGAGCGUCGUAUAAUAAAUCAGCAGGAGCGCAUUGAAAAGGAGGAGCAGGAAGAAUGCCACUUAAAAGACGAACACAAAGAACGCCAAAUAAAGGAGGAGCAGGAGGAACAUCACAUAAAUAGCAAAGAGGUUGAAGUGAAUCUUAAUGGGAUAAAGGAGGCUGAUAUCACUGGGUUCCUGCUCACUUCUGUUCAUGUGAAGAGUGAAAAUGAUGAAAAGAAACCGCAGUCCCCACAACCUCAUCAAGGCCCGCCUCUCAAAAACAUGGAAGCACAGACACAAACCAGAGGAUCAGGUAAACAAAUGAAAACAGAAACUGAGGACGAUGAAGGAAGCAAAAAGGCUAGGAACUCUUAUCACAGUAGCUGUUUACCACAGAAUACUAAUUUACAGGCUUCAGACUUCACCGAGACUAAAGAUGGUACUGUGGAUGGUGAUAAUUAUUGGCAGGAGCCAUUGUCUGCUUCUGAACCUGAAACUGAAGAUGGCAAGAGUAAAAAUUCUAACCUGCAUCAGUCUCUGUCAGAAUCUGGAUCUGAAACUGAAGACAGCAGCAUUGAUAAUUAUAACUUGCACGGAUCUUCAUCAGAACCUGGCUCUGAAACUGAAGACAGCAGCAUUGAUAAUUAUAACUUGCACGAAUCUUCAUCAGAAUCUGGAUCUGAAACGGAAAGCAGCAGCAGCAUUGAUAAUUAUAACUUGCAUGGACCUUCAUCAGAAUCUGGAUCUGAAACGGAAAGUAGUAGCAGCAGCACAAGCACAAGCACAAGCAGCAGCAGCGUUGAUAAUUAUAAUUUGCACAGACCUUCAUCAGAAUCUGGAUCUGAAACUGAAGGCAGCAUCAAUGAAGAUGAUGGUAAAUGGCGGAAACCGUUGUUAAACUCUGAACCUAAACUUGUAAACAGUGGUGCAAAUGGAAAAAAGCGAUUUCACACACCAGAGAAACCCUUUCGUUGUAAAAUUAGACGUAAAACAAGUAAAAUAUUUUAAUAAACUAAAACAGAUUACUUAAGACUCAUAGGACAGGACAAACAGUUUGCAGCUUUUAUAAAAAAAAAAAAAAAAUGAUGA